AUGUGGAAACUUGUUUUAGGCUGCAUUGCUUCUAAAGCGGAGUUGGCAAAAAGAGGGGUCCACUUGGCGGAUACUCGGUGUAGCACGUGUGGGAUUGGAAAGGAGACGGUUAACCAUAUUGUUGUCUUGUGCAUGUUGGUUAGAUCGAUAUGGUGGCAGCUUUGUGUUUGGACUAAAAUACCGGUUAUUACUCAAGCCGAGUCUUUUAGCGACAUGCUAAAUGGGCUGCAUCUUUUAAAGGGUUCAUCCAAGAGGAAGAAGAUUAUGGAAGUCAUUCUUGCAGCCUCUAUUUGGAGCAUCUGGAAAGCCCGAAACACUCUUAGAUUCAAAGGCGAGCCUUUUAUUGUCAGCAAAGUAGUAGACGCGAUAAAGGAGGAGUCAUUCUUGUGGAUUAAAAAUAGGACGGCGUUUAGCGGGAUCGACCGGGGGAGAUGGAUGGAGUUUAACGUUUGA